CGUCCCAAUAAACACGUUAACUCGAUCCUCGAGAGAGUAGUCAACUGUUCGCCGGCUGAGAAUGGUCCAGAGGUUCUGCACCAGCGUGGCUGCGCUUAGCCUCGCCCUGAGUGCCUGCGUUGUUUUUCCGCGUGCUGUCAUGGCGAUCGACUUGAGCCGAUUUUACGGUCAUUUCAACUCGAAGCGAACAGGAGAUCCUUGUCGCCCCUACGAACCGUUCAAGUGUCCAGGCGAUAAUAUAUGUAUCUCCAUUCAAUACCUCUGCGACGGAGCUCCGGAUUGCCAAGAUGGAUAUGACGAGGACUCGCGACUCUGCACAGCCGCGAAAAGACCGCCGGUCGAGGAGACCGCGAGUUUCCUACAGUCGCUCUUAGCGAGCCACGGUCCUAAUUAUCUGGAGAAAUUGUUCGGGACCAAAGCGCGGGACACGUUGAAACCUCUCGGCGGAGUGAACAAGGUGGCUAUAGCACUAUCCGAAUCACAGACGAUCGAGGACUUCGGCGCAGCAUUGCACCUGAUGCGGGCCGAUCUGGAACAUCUGCGUUCGGUAUUCAUGGCGGUGGAGAACGGUGAUCUGGGUAUGUUGAAGUCCAUCGGGAUCAAGGACUCGGAACUAGGGGACGUGAAAUUCUUCCUGGAGAAGCUAGUGAAAACUGGAUUCCUUGACUGAACGGUCAUCCGUCCAGGAUUACACCGCGUCGGCAUUAUCACACGUUGGCUGUAUCGUAUUACAAUCGCACUGUUCUGUUGCUUCGUGUUCCGGUUCCUUGACGACGGAUCAUCAGCUUGGCGAAACGAUCGCCGCCAUCUACUAUACCUUUCUACCUCUCGGCCAUCAAUUAUCCCACCGCGCUCGUUUCCUUUUCUCUCGCUUCCUUUCGAUGUCUUCUCUUCUCUAUUCUCUUGCUUUUUCCAACGAACACACCGAU